AUGGUUUCGGUUGAUUUAUCUCACAACAGAAUCAGUGGCUCGAUACCUGCUUCCAUUUUCACAUUGUGUAAGAGUCUAUCAGACAAUCACGUAUUUGGACCAUUCCUCUCGGUAUUUGCCAAUCGAAGUUUAGCUACGGUUUUCAAGUCUCUUAAAGUUCUCCAGGCCGACCACAACAACUUUAUAGGUGAACUCCCUACAGUUCCUCCAAGUCUUAAGGCUCUAGACCUGAGCUGCAACUUGUUCAGCACUGGCAACCCAAACAUCUGCCCUGCAAGGUCCUCACUUAAGUCUUUGCUGCUGGUAUAUAACAGGUUGCAUGGUCGGGUUCUGAACUCAGCCAUGAACUGUGUGGAAGUGCUUGGUAUCAGCAUCAAUUCUCUAGCAGGGCCCAUGUGCAGCAGACUUCCGAAGCUUCAACAUCUUCUUCUUUGGGGGAACAAUCUUGAAGGCAGCAUACCCGCUACAAUCAGCAAUUGCAGUGAGCUGGUGACACUAAAUCUCAGUUUUAACAAUCUCACAGGCGUCAUUCCUCAGCAAAUAUCUAGGCUGAAGAAACUCUGCUUGCUGUUUCUGAGCAACAACAUGAUAUCUGGAGCAAUCCCGGGAUCUAUUGGAAGUAUGCUGAGCCUUCGAUCUCUUUUACUGGGUCACAACAAGCUUCAGGAUAGCCUACCAAGCGAGCUGAGGAACAGCAACGGUCUGUUUUUAGUGAACGACAAUCAGUUGACAGGACAAAUUCCAAGCUGGAUCGGCCGCUCAUCAGAAGUGGAAAUAACCGAAAUAACCUUCCCGUUUCUGAUGAUGCCGAAGUUGGCACCUCCUGGUUCCAACUUAACAACAUAUACUCAGGUAAACAGUCCUUUGGCUAUUGAUCUCUCGCACAACAGCUUCACCGGAACAAUCCCAGAGGAAUUCGGUGGCAUGCGAGACUUAAAUGUGCUAAAUCUCGCACACAACUUACUUACAGGGGCCAUCCCUUCCACAAUUGGAAACCUCAAGAACCUGGAGUGGCUAGAUUUAUCACAGAACUGGCUUGAAUCACACAUCCCGGACUCGCUUGGCAACCUCACCUUCCUGAAAUACUUAAACAUCUCGCACAACAAGAUUCUCGGAAGGGUUCCACAGAGUGCUCAGCUUGCAUUAUUCCCAGUGAGCAGCUAUGAAGGAAACCCAGGCCUUUGUGGCUUCCCCCUUGGAGAGUGUGCUGGUUUGCAUAAUCCUUUUCAUGAUGAUCACACAGAUGAAGACGAUGAUGACGGUCAUAGUGAUCAAACGAUUCUGGCUGCCAUUGUUGGUGGUGGUGUUUCAUGCAUCCUGUGGACCUCUUCAGUAAGAGAUGGGAGCAUCCAGCGUGAUGAUCCCGAGCUUGGUCCUUCGAAAGAAGUGGAACUCGACAGAGCUACUCAUGAAUUCAUUGUAAAACAUCAAUGUACUUGCCCUCGUUCUUCUGGAUCGUACUUUAAUCGGGUGACUCCAUUGCACACAAUCUGA